AUGCGUCGCCUGCUACAUAUAUGUGUGAUGUAUGCUGCCACGCACAAUAUGCAUUACAAUACUGAGAAAUCGGUUUGUAUGUUAUUCAAAUCAAAAAAUACGCCGUCCUGUAUGCCUCCACUGUACCUGAAUGGCCAGACACUACAGAGAGUCGAAGAAGUCAAAUACCUGGGACACAUAAUAAUAUCCGAUCUAUGCGACGUGAAAGACAUGGAAAGACAGCGGAGGGCGCUUAGUGUGAAGGGGAACAUGCUCGGUCGCCGCUUCCAGCGAUGUAUAAACCUGUCAAACGGGUGCUCUUUGCCGCCUACUGCACCAACCUAUAUACCGCGGAGCUAUGGUACAAUUAUACCAAGCGAGCGUAUCACAAAAUCCGCGUUCAGUAUCGCGUGGCGCGCGCUGCACCGCCUAUCGCGCUGGUGCAGCGCCUCCGAGAUGUUCGCCGCCGGGAGGGUGCCGGCCUGGGCGGCGUUGCUGCGGCGGACGGCCGCCGGCGCCGAGGCAAGGGUCUUCGCGUCCACCAACACCGUCGUGUGCGCCGCGCGCCGAUGGCUCGCGAGCCCCAUCCACGCCGAGUGGCGGCGCUUGCAUUGUGUAGGGGGCCGGUGA